GUGUGUUUCCGGGUCAAGCAGGCGCCAUCUUGUGAUUGUCGUUGGGUUAGCUGUUGGUUUUCUGGCGGUUUUCACACGGACCACAGUCUUCGUCUUUACGUGUCGUUGCUCGGAGCCGAAGUUGAUCGUAGCGAUGAGUUACGGCCGAAUGCCCCCCGAUAUCGAAGGGAUGACUUCACUCAAGGUUGACAACCUGACUUACCGCACAUCGCCCGAGACGCUGAAGCGCGUGUUCGAGAAGUACGGCAAAGUGGGCGACGUAUACAUCCCCCGGGACCGCUUCACCCGGGAGAGCCGCGGCUUCGCCUUCGUCCGCUUCCACGACAAGAGGGACGCCGAGGAUGCUAUCGACGCCAUGGACGGCGCGAUGCUGGACGGCAGGGAACUGAGGGUGCAAAUGGCGCGCUAUGGUCGCCCAGCCGAGUCCCACCGCCGAGGAGGCUCGUCCCGCCGCUACGGCGGCGCCUACGGCAGGAGAAGCCGCAGUCCUAGAAGACGACGUCGAUCCCGUACAAGGUCCAGAAGUCGAACUAGAUCAAGAUCUCGCUACAGCAGGUCCAGGUCUCGUUCCUAUUCUCGAUCUAGAUCUCGUUCCAAAUCUAGAUCUGCUGAAAGAUCAAGGUCUAAGUCAAAGUCUAAAUCAAAGUCAAGGUCUCGGUCUGUAUCAAGAUCUAGAAGUGGAUCACGAAUGUCUCAAGGGUCAAAGUCAAAAUCCCGGUCUAAAACCCCCAUAUACGCAAGAUCUCCACAGAAAGAUGGAAUUGAAUCACCGUAAAAAAGUGGUAAAUUGCACCAAAAUAUUCUGGAUGGCUGGAAGAUUUACAUGGUAGAUGCCUUGCAAGAAGUAUCAGCUCUUGCCAACUGUUUAGAUGAUGGAGAGACCUUCCUAAAAUAAGCAGUGAUCUCCUUAAAAGGUUAUUAUAACAUUAUUGUUUAUAAUAGGUUUAGUCAGUUUAAGUCAUGAAUUAAAAUUAGUGUCUGAGAAGGCUCAUUAUGUGUUGUGUGCCAUCUGUGUUGCUAUUAAACUUCUUACAAUUUAGUGAAAUGUUCGACUUCAGAUGCAUUUUGGCUUGGAUAUGUACAUAAGGUAAAAAGCAUGGGACGUAUUUCCAGGUUUUGUAAAGUUUUUUUUUUCUGUACGCUGAAGUAAUUAUCUUUCUAAAUUUCAACUUUGCAUAUGUCUUCUUCUGUUAUUUUUAUUUCAGUCCAAUACUAAUCUUAUUGUCUCAUGUAUUUUUGUGCACUAGGCGCAGUUGUGUAGCAGUUCUGUAAAGCGGGUUAGCUGUAAGGUGGCGUGUUGCAGUGCAGUGCAGAGUGCUUGGCUGUGUCCUGUAUUCUCCUGAUUGCUCCUGUAAUGAUGCCUUGACGUGCAGAAAAUAUGGCUGUCCAGUAAAAUGCCUGUCAGCUGCACCUCCAGAGACGUGGCUGCGUAUAAAUUAUGGAGCAGGCAGUAAGCACCUUUAGCUACCUUGUUUUUGUACUUGGUAAUGUGGUUUAUCCAUUUCCACAUGGAAUACACUGUUUAGAAUGCUGUUAAUUUUUGAAAUUGAGUGUAAUUAACAGUUUUGUUUGCUUCAAUACAUGAAUCCUGUACAACUUGUAAUAUUAAAAAAAUUUUUUCUUGG